GUUGCUGACGCGAACGAGUGGAAAGGGAAAUGGCGGACCUCGAAGACGUUAAACUGGACGGGAGGCCGCUACAAUCUCUCCGCGUGGCGGAUUUGAAAGCUGCUUUGGAGGAGCGCGGACUUCCUAAAAGCGGACAGAAAAAUACUCUCGUUAAGAGACUCAAAGGGGCUCUCAUGCUGGAGAACCUCCAGAGAACCUCACACCAUCACAUAGGACUGCAGCCAAACUCCCAGAUUGGUGAAGAGAUGAGCCAGAACAGCUUCAUAAAGCAGUAUUUGGCGAAACAGCAGGAGCUCUUGAGGCAGCGUCUGGAGAGAGAGGCCCGUGAAGCAGUUGAAGAUGAUGAUACAGACAAAGAGGACCACACAAAGGACAAUAACAGCUCUCCCUGUGCUGCCCCAGACCAGGAUGUCGCACCCGUGUUGGUUGACCAGCACAAGCUUUUUGGCCUCUCCGAGGGAAAGGGACUAGCAGGCCCAGCAAGCGAGGGAGAGGGGCACAUGUCCAGAGACGGCCAUGUGUCUGCUCCACCUGCCCCUACCUCUGCUGCCGUUGCCUCUCUGGCUGUGCGUGUUGGUGAGCAGAGACCGGAGAGAGUCCCAACCUCUAGUCAAGUCCCAGCAGAUAGCGAUGAUGACGGCGCUGAUGAGGACUGGGAUAGCGGUGCCAGGAGGAGGAAUCUAGGGGAGCCACCAAGAGGCCAGCUAGCAAGAGCGAGGUCUGGAGGAUCCCGCCAACACCCACAGCACAUUCCCCCCCUAUUGUCUCCGCAGCUUCGACAGCCUACCCCUCCUCCCUCCCCUCCCCCAGAGUUAUCAUUCCCACUACCUGAUACCCCUAAACAAAGCCCCCCUAGUCCAGGUGAGCCCCCAGCUAGGCAGCGUACUUCCAGUACCUCCAGCUCUGGCUCCUCUAGCAGUGGCAGUUGUAGUAGCAGCCCAGAUCCACAAAGCAACACAGAGCGCAAGCCUGGCCCACUGACCCUGCUGGCACGCAAAAUGGCAUCAGAGGGGGCUUUCUCUGGAGUUGGGUGGCAUGGACGUGGGGAUGCAGAGAGGCAGGACAAAAAUGCUGCAACUGCAACAAUGUCUUCUGGUAGAGGUCCUCAAGAGGGCACAGUGUCUGCCAUCACCCACACAACCAAUGCUGCAGCCAGUUUGCCCUUCCCCAGACUGGUUCCAGUAACAAACCAGGGAGUUCUUGGAGGCCAUCUCCCCCACAGUGAAGUUCCUGUGAGUGUGCUUAGGCCCACUAUUAUGGAAGAGAGAGAUGCUGCAUGGCAGCAAGCAAACAAGGAAAAGGAGCUGCAGGCAGAGAGGGAAAGAGAAAAAUCCCCUGAGCAAGAGCGACUUGGUGCCAUGGAGCAGGAAAGACUGGAGAGGCAGAGAAUAUUUGAGCAACAGCGUGCUGUGGAGCAAGAGAGGGAAAGAGCUUUGGAGCGAGAGAGGAAGGAGAGAGAGAAAGCUUUGGCGCGAGAGAGGAAGGAGAGGGAGAUGGCUUUGGAGCGAGAGAAAGCUUUGGAGCAAGAAAGGAAGGAGCGGGCUUUGGCGCGAGAGAGAGCACAAGCUCUUGAACGAGAAGAGGAGGAAAGAGAGAAAGCUUUGGCAAAAGAGAGGGAAGAGCGAGAGAAAGCUAUGCAAUUAGAAAAGCAGAGAGCCAUGGAACGAGAGCGAGCUUUGGAGCAGGAGAGAGAGAAGGAGAAAGCUUUGGAGCGCGAGAGGGAGGAGAAGGCGGCUUUGGAGAGCGAGCGGGAGGAGAAGGCGGCUUUGGAGAGGGAGCGUAUGGUGAAGGUUUUGGAGUUAGAGCGGCAGAAAGCUUUGGAACGGGAGAUGAGGGAGAAAGAGAGGGAGGAGAAGGUGAGGGCUUUGGAGCAAGAAAGAAUCGAAAGGGAGAAAGCCCUUGAGAAAGAAAUAACCAUGGAGAAAGAAAGAGAGGAGAGGGAGAGAGCCUUAGAACAGGAGAAGGUCCUACAGAGAGAAAAAGAGAAGGCUUUGGAACAGGAGAAGGCCUUGCAGAGAGAGAAAGAGGAGAAGGAGAGAGCUUUGGAACAGGAGAAUGUCUUGCAGAGAGAGAAAGAGGAGAGGGAGAGAGCUUUGGAACAGGAGAAGGCCUUGCAGAGAGAGAAAGAGGAGAAGGAGAGAGCUUUGGAACAGGAGAAGGCCUUGCAGAGAGAGAAAGAGGAGAAGGAGAGAGCUUUGGAACAGGAGAAGGCCUUGCAGAGAGAGAAAGAGGAGAAGGAGAGAGCUUUGGAACAGGAGAAGGCCUUGCAGAGAGAGAAAGAGGAGAAGGAGAGAGCUUUGGAACAGGAGAAGGCCUUGCAGAGAGAGAAAGAGGAGAAGGAGAGAGCUUUGGAACAGGAGAAGGCCUUGCAGAGAGAGAAAGAGAGAGCUUUGGAACAGGGGAAGGCCUUGCAGAGAGAGAAAGAGGAGAGGGGGAGAGCUUUGGAACAGGAGAAGGCCUUGCAGAGAGAGAAAGAGGAGAGGGAGAGCGCUUUGGAACAGGAGAAGGCCUUGCAGAGAGAGAAAGAGGAGAGAGCUUUGGAACAGGAGAAGGCCUUGCACAGAGAGAGAGUGGAGAGGGAGAGAGCUUUGGAACAGAAGAAGGCCUCGCAGAGAGAGAGAGAGGAGAGGGAGAGAGCUUUGGAACAGGAGAAGGCCUUGCAGAGAGAGAAAGAGGAGAAGGAGAGAGCUUUGGAACAGGAGAAUGUCUUGCAGAGAGAGAAAGAGGAGAGGGAGAGAGCUUUGGAACAGGAGAAGGCCUUGCAGAGAGAGAAAGAGGAGAAGGAGAGAGCUUUGGAACAGGAGAAGGCCUUGCAGAGAGAGAAAGAGGAGAAGGAGAGAGCUUUGGAACAGGAGAAGGCCUUGCAGAGAGAGAAAGAGGAGAAGGAGAGAGCUUUGGAACAGGAGAAGGCCUUGCAGAGAGAGAAAGAGGAGAAGGAGAGAGCUUUGGAACAGGAGAAGGCCUUGCAGAGAGAGAAAGAGGAGAAGGAGAGAGCUUUGGAACAGGAGAAGGCCUUGCAGAGAGAGAAAGAGAGAGCUUUGGAACAGGGGAAGGCCUUGCAGAGAGAGAAAGAGGAGAGGGGGAGAGCUUUGGAACAGGAGAAGGCCUUGCAGAGAGAGAAAGAGGAGAGGGAGAGCGCUUUGGAACAGGAGAAGGCCUUGCAGAGAGAGAAAGAGGAGAGAGCUUUGGAACAGGAGAAGGCCUUGCACAGAGAGAGAGUGGAGAGGGAGAGAGCUUUGGAACAGAAGAAGGCCUCGCAGAGAGAGAGAGAGGAGAGGGAGAGAGCUUUGGAACAGGAGAAGGCCUUGCAGAGAGAGAAAGAGGAGAAGGAGAGAGCUUUGGAACAGGAGAAGGCCUUGCAGAGAGAGAAAGAGGAGAGGGAGAGAGCUUUGGAACAGGAGAAGGCCUUGCAGAGAGAGAAAGAGGAGAGGGAGAGAGCUUUGGAACAAGAGAAGGCCUUGCAGAGAGAGAAGGAGAGAGCUUUGGAACAGGAGAAGGUCUUGCAGAGAGAGAAAGAGGAGAGGGAGAGAGCUUUGGAACAGGAGAAGGCCUUGCACAGAGAGAGAGAGGAGAGGGAGAGAGCUUUGGAACAGAAGAAGGCCUCGCAGAGAGAGAAAGAGAAGAGGGAGAGUCAUCUUCCUCCAUGGAAGCGUAGUCGUGAGUUUGGUCUUACCCCCCUGCCUACUCCUCCCCUCUCCACAGGAGCAGGUAAGAUGGCGGCAACAGAGGAGGGUGGGGAGCCCAAAGUGCCAUCCCUACCCCAAAAAGCAUUAAGAGACAACCAGCCAGCUGAAUCUGGUACGCCCCUGUCACAAUCUCUAGCAAUGUCUCUGUCACCCCAGUCCUCCUUCAAGAAGUUCCGUUUCUUGAGAGACCCCAUAGUUCUAUCCCAAUCUUCUGCAUCCGGGGUCAUCAAGAGGCCCCGUACAUUCUCUGAAAGCCACCAUCCUCAGUCCUUAGCUCUCCAGUCCCCCAGCAAAUUUGGGGAACCAGAGCAGGAAGGUACUCAGCAGGGGUCCCAGCCUUCUGCUGGACAAGCAGCACCAAAGAAGCCUGCAAGACAGGGGGUCCUUGUUUCUGGAGCAGACACGUCGGGGACGACAGGGCCAGAGAGGGAGACCCCAGUGAUUUCCACACUGGGCAAGAGUCCUGAAGAAGAAAAGGGUAAGAGCCUGGUGUCAGAGGAGCAUGUCCAAGCACAUAGAGAGGAGACAGACAAACAGGUGGUGGGAGAGACGGCCAGAGAAGCAAAAGCCCCCUCAGGUCCAGCGGGAGCUGUGCUACCUCCCUCACCCCAACCAGUGGAAGGCAAGGUAGAAAAAGGAAGGGAGAGGAGUCAAAAGAAAGAAGAAAAGCUGGGAAGACGGUCUUCCUCGUCGAAUGACUCCUCAGAUUCUGGGUCGUCGUCCUCAGGUUCGUCUGGUUCAUCAUCAUCCCAGGGCAAAACACACACCACUCCCAGUGGUAGAAGGCCUGAGAAACCUCAGACAAACACCAUAUCCCAGGAUACGGAAACGGUUAGUCAACCUGAGGAUCCAACUGAGGCCCCAAAAGCCCCACAGCACAAAAAGAGAGUAUCUGGGGAGGAGAAAGAGGACAUGAACAUUGUUGGAGCCAGACACAGGAAGAAACCAUUCCUUGGAAUGCAUGCUGGAGAAGACAAUGGGCAGAAGGACAGCGAGGGAGAGCAGGUAAAGACAGACACUACAAGGGAGGUGAAUGAGGCUGCCAUGGCUGAGCCUAAGAAGGCUCCUGAGAGCAGUGAGGAGUGUGAGACACCAAAGGCAUUCACAGCCCGUAGGAUCUCCCUUAGCAGCAGCAAGGCCUCUCCAGGUGCUGUCAGUGCAGAGGGCGAAACAGAGUCUGGGGCCGGGAGGAAGAGGCGAUGGGGAUCCAGCACUGCAGUCACAGCCAAGAAAUCAUCCAUGAGCAUUACCACAGACUCUCUGAAGUCUCUGAUCCCAGACAUCAGACUGUGUCCAGGCCAGGAGAUGGUGGUGGAUUUGCACCCAGAGGAGGAUCACCUCUCUGGGGUGGAGGAGGGCGGCAGGGAGCGGGGUGAGCAGGACCUCAAGAUCAGACGCACAGUCACACAGGUGGUCCCGUCAGUGACCCAGGAGAAUGGACAGAAGGAGUCCAAGAGGAGUGAACAUGAGGAGGAAGACCGAGAGGAUGGAGGGGAGGUUAAAGGAGACAGAGAGGAGAAGAUGGAUGGCUCAUUCCAGAGAGACUCAUUGGAGACACAAUGCCCCUCUCCCCCCAGCCAUGACAUGGAGAUGAAAACAGUGACCCCCAGUGACACAUUGAUCCGUCGCUCCAUCAGCCAGCAGAAGUCUGGCGUGUCCAUCACCAUAGAUGACCCUGUCCGCACGGCCAAGCAGCCCUCUCCUCCACGAGGCAAAGUGUCCAACAUCGUCCACGUGUCCAACCUGGUUCGUCCGUUCACCCUGGGCCAGCUGAAGGAGCUGCUUGGUAGGACCGGCACCGUGCUCGAGGACGGUUUCUGGAUCGACAAGAUCAAAUCUCACUGCUACGUCACAUACUCCAGUGCAGAGGAGUCAAUUGCCACUCGUGCAGCCCUGCAUGGGGUGAAAUGGCCUCAGAGCAACCCCAAGUUCCUCAGUUUGGACUUCAUUCAGCAGGAGGAGCUGGAUUUCCACAGAGGCCUGCCUCCCCCUGAGAGGGCUGGGGAGGGUGAGCGGGGGGCUGCGGCGGUGCCUGGUCGGGGGGCGGCCCUGCCUCCUCUCCUGCCCGAACGGGAACAGUGGGCGGAGCGAGAACGUGAGAUGGAGCACAGGGAGAGGACCCGGGCUGAGAGGGAGUGGGACAGGGACAAGGUCCGGGACUUUGGUCCAGGAAAACCUGGAGAGGAAGCUGUCCCCAGACGAUCCUGCUCCAGAGAGAGGAAACGCAAGGAGAGGAAGAUGGACAAGAAAGAGAAAGCUGCAGACGAACUUCCUGUCAAACUGCUGGAUGAACUGUUCAAUAAAACCAAAGCAGCCCCUUGUAUAUACUGGCUCCCCCUCACAGAAGAGCAGUUUGCACAGAAGGAGACAGCUCGACAAGAGCGGAUGAAGAGGAGGAAGGAGCAGCAAGAGGAGGUGGAGAAGAAAAGGGAGGAAGAGCGCAAAGAAAGGAUGAAAGCCGCGAGUGUCGCAUCUGGAGAAAGAGGCGAGGGGGAGCGGUACAGAGAGCGAGAGGGAGACUGGGGCAGAGAUGGAGAGAGUGGCAAACACAGAGAAGACUGCUACCGCAGACCUGGGGGCAGCAGUGCAGGGGGGGCCAGACGCUCACGCAGCCGCAGUGACCCCCCACCUCGUGACAGACGACGCUAGAGGGAAUCGGUGGCUGGAACUGUCUUAAAAUAACCCCCUCCAUUCCCCAUCACUACAUUUACUUUGUUACAAUAUAGGACCCUACAGUAGACCAACAGAUGUAGUCACUAUCUGUCACUUUUUUAAACACACACCGACACACAUACAGAUAGGGACCAUGGUUUAGCGGUGUUUUGCCCAGGCUGCUAUCUGUCUUGCUCCAUUCUGAAAGUUUAGAUUUUAUUUCAUUUUGCCUGACUGUUUUCAUAAUUUUUUUUAUUUUUAUUAUAUUCUUGUGAGAUUGACAGUAAGGCAAUCGUAGAGUUCUAUGCAUACACACACUGGUUUUUGGCCUUCACCAGUUGUGUGUGUGUUCCACGACUGGUUUCUGUGGGGUGCUUCAUCAUUGCUGCAUGUUGUCCCAGUCCACUGUCCUCAGCCUUGUGUCCUAGGGAGGACUGACAUGGUUGUGCAGUGUUCUGUCCCCUCUGUCUUUGGUUUGAGGGAUGAGACUAUAUUAUCUGCAAGAUAUUAGAAAUGACACGCUCCUCUGAUUGUGUUUUCAUCUUCUAAACGCUUCUUUCUGCUCAUCCAAUAGUUCUCCCUAUACGGUCAACGCAAGCUGGAGAAGGGGUGCAUAUUAAAACUCCACACAAAUGGUUUUAAUAGUUUUUUUUAAUCAUUAUUAAAGCUUUUCUUUUUUGUUUACUCCUGUGAAUGUACAAAUAAAAUAAGUUUGACAAAG